GUCAAUCUAUCGAUCAACCAACUAGUUGAAGUUAUAAGAUCAUUAUGUCUAACGAAGGCCAAGAAGAAUUAUUGGAUUAUUCCGAUUCUGAAGAAAUUGCAGUUCCAACCACUACUGCCUCUACAGAUGCUACCAGCAAUGAUACUGAAGCUGAUAAGAAAGGUUCAUAUGUUGGUAUUCAUGCAACUGGUUUCAGAGAUUUCUUAUUAAAACCAGAAUUAUUGAGAGCUAUUGGUGACUGUGGUUUUGAACAUCCUUCUGAAGUCCAACAAGUUUGUAUUCCACAAUCUAUUUUAGGUACUGACGUUUUAUGUCAAGCCAAAUCCGGUUUAGGUAAAACUGCUGUUUUCGUUUUAUCUACGUUACAACAAUUAGAUCCUAUUCCAGGUGAAAUUUCUACUUUAGUUAUCUGUCAUACUAGAGAAUUAGCUUAUCAAAUUAGAAAUGAAUAUGCUAGAUUCUCUAAAUAUAUGCCAGAUGUUAAAACUGAAGUUUUCUAUGGUGGUACUCCAAUUAAGAGAGAUAUUGAAAAAUUAAAGAACAAAGAUACUUGUCCUCAUAUUGUUGUUGCUACUCCAGGUAGAUUACAUGCUUUAGUCAAUGAUAAAGCUAUUAGAUUAGCCAAUGUCAAAUCAUUCGUUAUUGAUGAAUGUGAUAAAGUUUUAGAAUCUAUUGAUAUGAGAAGAGAUGUUCAAGAUAUUUUCCGUAGUACUCCACAUCAAAAGCAAGUUAUGAUGUUUUCAGCUACUUUAUCUCAAGAAAUUCGUCCAGUUUGUAAGAAAUUUAUGCAAAAUCCUUUAGAAAUUUACGUUGAUGAUGAAGCUAAAUUAACCUUACAUGGUUUACAACAAUACUAUAUUAAAUUAGCUGAAAAGGAUAAGAAUAGAAAAUUAUCUGAUUUAUUAGAUUCCUUAGAAUUUAAUCAAGUCAUUAUUUUCGUUAAAUCUACUCAAAGAGCUAAUGAAUUAAAUAAAUUAUUAUGUGCUUGUAAUUUUCCAUCUAUUGCCGUUCAUUCAGGUUUACCACAAGAAGAAAGAAUUGAAAGAUAUAAAUCUUUCAAAGAAUUCAAUAAACGUAUUUGUGUCUCCACUGAUGUUUUCGGUAGAGGUAUUGAUAUUGAAAGAAUUAACUUGGCUAUUAACUAUGAUUUACCAAAUGAAGCCGAUCAAUAUUUACAUAGAGUUGGUAGAGCUGGUAGAUUUGGUACUAAAGGUUUAGCCAUUUCUUUAGUUUCUACUAAAGAAGAUGAAGAAGUCUUAGAAAAGAUUCAAUCUAGAUUCGAUGUUAAGAUUACUGAAUUCCCAGAAGAAGGUGUUGAUCCAUCUACUUACAUGAACACCUAGGUUGAGCUGUUGGUGUUUUAUUAAAAUGAUUAUGUAGUUUUAUAGUUUGUUUAGUUUUAUCACAGUAUUACACUUCGAAAAGAAUAAAGGAAAAUAUUAUUAUUAAAUAUAUGAUAUA